AUGUCGCUGGUCGCCUACGACGCCUCCUCCGACGAGGAAGACGCCGGCGAGCCUCCCGCCGCAGAGGCGCCACAGCCUGCCCCUAUCGGUCCGCAGCCAAGGCCUCCGUCUCCUUCGACGGCGGUGGGCGCAGCUCAUCGGCCUACGCCGCCGCCGCCGGCAGCCAGCCAGAGUGUAGCACUGAUUAAUUCGAGUAACGUUUCUCUGCCCACACCAUCAUUAGACCUACCAGAUGUUGCAGACCUCUUUGCUCCCCCUGCAGACAAUGCAUCAAGGAAGAGAGAAUCAAACGGGUCUGCUCUUCAUGACUCGCGCAGUAAAAUUCCAAGGAUGCAAUCACAACCCCGAGGCAUAAGAAGUGCUGCAGGGAACACUCUAAUUCCACCACAGCUUCGUGGAAGGUUCUGCUUGCCUACAUCUGCCAGCAACCACAGCUUGGGUACAAUGAGCACCGCAAGAGUUCAGGGAAGAUUAGAUUACCUUAAUUCACAGGAGCCUGGUGACGAAUCACAGGCUACUGCUAUUGAUAUUGUGGAAAGGCUGCUGGUAGAAGAUGACAUAGGCACUUCUCAGAAAAUGAGUGCUGAGCCAAUGAGUGGAACAAAGAAAAAACAAAGGAUCCAUGCUAAUACUCAAGCGAAGAAUUUGACCUCCCAGAGAUAUGGUGGCAGUGGAUCAACUACCAUUGUUGGUUCCAUACUAGAAUGUAACGGUGGUGACUCAGGCUUGAGUUCUUUUAAGAAGCCAGAGCCUCUUGGUUCUACUGAUGAUUUAUAUGAUGCAUAUGAUAUUGGGCCAUGUACUGAGAUGGCAGCUGAAGCCAUGGAAGCAUUGUCCAAUGCAUCAACUGUCAAUCAUGUAGUCAGGGAGAAUGCACAUCCUGAAAGCUCAGUUCUUAGAACAAACUUGGGAAAAGAAAGCAAAGCCAAUAAGAUAUGUUCUGAACCGCCAAUUCAAAAGCGAAUUGGUGGAAGUUCAAGGUCUGUGAAAAAGAAUCCCAGCAAGUCAAAAGACAAGAAAGGUCCAAAACAGAUGGCAGGGAAAGCAAAAGGAAGCAUGGGCAGUAUCACUAUAGAGGGAGAUACAAAUCGUGAGGUGUCAGAAGGAAUCAAGGGAUCUGGUCCAAGUGAUUCAAAUAUUGUCGGCUCUGAUGCUGUAAUCCACCCUAAAAGGAAGAGGACCUACACGUUUAUCUCAAGAAGCUCGAAAGUUCAAUUCAAUAAAGCUGGGAGCUCAACUACACUUAGUUCCAAAAGUACAGGAGUAGCUGACUCAUCAACAACAAAUCAAGUUAGCCUAUCUGGCCCUGAUUUAAACCAGCUUGCCAGAUUAUUAGAAAAACAAUCCACAUCUGCACAAGAAGAUCAUGACCCUAGUUUGAUAAACAGAGUACCACUGAGGGAGCUAAAUAGCAAACGCUCCCAAUUUAGGACACAAAUAUCAAUGAAGCCACUGAAGAGAGGACUUGUGAAAUCACCAGGUUCCAGAGAACUUGCCGGUCUGUUAAGAAAUGAAGCAUCUCCAGUUUUGCAGACAAGCAGGCAAAGAAGAAACAUGUCCAAAGUCCAUGUUCUGUUGAGCCAAAGCAUGGAUAAGGAAACCAUCAAAAUGCAAACAAAGUGGCGACAACUAUUUCAGAAGCUACACACUUUUGUUGCUGAAAAGUUUGCCCGUACAAGGAACAUGCUUGAAGCAAUAGCUAUGGGGAUACCUGUAGUCACGCCAUCAUGGCUUCAAUGCUGUAGUGAAGCAAGAGGGUUUGAAAAUCUGUUUCAGGGUAGAAGAGUAUUAAUCACACCAAACACCAAGCCUAGCAAGGAGCUUCUGAAAAAUUUAGUAGUUGCAGCUCAUGGUCUGGAAGUUUUUGACUCGGAGCUUCUUCUGAAUGGUAUUGUCACUCAGAGGCUAGAGUUCGCCAGGUAUCGCCUCUUUCCAUGA